UGCACACACACCUAAAUUAAAACAUCACCAUUUUACAUUGCUCCGAAUCAAGAUCAAUGGCCCCGGCAGCGCCGCAGACUCCGACACCGGAAACCACCCCGUUGGGCCACCAACUCUUCACGCGGAUCCGCCUGGCCACCCCAUCCGAUAUUCCCCACAUCCACAAACUCAUCCACCAAAUGGCCGUCUUCGAACGCCUGACCCACCUCUUCUCCGCCACCGAGUCCUCCCUGUCUGCCACCCUCUUCUCCCCCACCGUCCAACCCUUCCACUCCUUCACCAUCUUGCUUCUAGAAGCUUCGCCCACCCUCUUCCCUGUUUCAACCUUUGAUUCCAACCCUUUCUUCAAACCCCUGACUGAAGUCGUGAAUCUGAGGCUCCCCUUUGAGGACCCCGAGCGCGACACGUUCAAGAGCAUGGAUGACGUUACUGUUGUAGGUUAUGUGAUGUUUUUUCCAAAUUAUUCAACUUUUCUGGGAAAACCAGGGUUUUACGUGGAGAACUUGUACGUGAGGGAGUGUUACAGGAGAAUGGGGUUUGGGAAAAUAUUGUUUAGUGCAGUGGCAAAGGAAGCAGUAAAAAUGAAGUACGGAAGGGUAGACUGGGUUGUGCUUGAUUGGAAUGUUAAUGCCCUUAGGUUUUACGAAGACAUGGGUGCUGAGAUUGUGGAGGAAUACAAGUUUUUCAGAUUGACUGGGAAGGCUCUUCAAGCUUCUGGACACGCUCACUGAAAACUGUUGCUCAAUUUCUCAUUCCAAAAGUUGCUCCAAUGCUAUCACUUUCACGUAUCCAUGCUUCAAGCACGAUUCAUGAAUUAUGUAACAAACCAUGUAUUGUGUGUUUAUUAUUAUCUCUUCUCAGAUAUAUAAUUAUAUGUUAUUAUAUCUCAACAGAUGAAUAAGGAUUAUCUAAGUUAGUAAAAUGUUGGUACUUCUUAUUUUAAUGAUGAUGCAAAUUAAUAUGGAAUUACUUGUAUUAUUAUAAAAGUACAAAUUUUUUAAGGUUUAAACCCUCCCUUGGUCCUCAAGUUUGUAUGAAAAUCUUAUUUGGGUCCUCAAGUUUUUUUCUGUCUCAAUUGGGUCAUAUUUUUUGUAAAAGUGAGCAUAUUGUACCAUAACCGUUAAGUGGUGUGAGACGGCGUUAAAUUGGUGUGAGCUGGAUUUUUCCAUUUACGGACGUGGCAUUGUGCAUUAAAAUUGACUGUUUGUUGUGUUUUAUCCACGUAGGCUACGAAGCCCUAACAUUUAAGGGCAUCCCAUCUCAUCCAAAGUAUAUUCUCGUGUUGGAGAGGAUCGUGUUUCGUCUUGGUGAAGCAGAGCUGCUGUCUUACGUCUUGGGCAAGCACUGUUGAGGUGGUGGUAAGGAUGUCUCGUUCAUCUUCCUCUUGCAAAUGUUUGGGUUCGGCCAUGCAACGCAGUAGUGGCAGUGUUAGGAGCUUCGAUGGAAACCCAAGAUGCCUCUGUGGUCACAGUGCAGUGUUUCGUAUUGCGAGAACCCCUAAAAACAAGGGGAAAAAAUUCUGGGGUUGCCCUAACUUCAAGGUCAAUUUGAUAUAACAAUAAAUCUAUGUCUAUUUAUUUGGGUUUUGACGAAGGAGUGUGUGUUGGUGUUGAACAGGGUGGGAGUGGAGAAUUGGUUGGUUGCAACUUCUUCAAGUGGUGCAUUGACGAAGGAAAUGAAGCAAAAUGGCUGAAUGUAGAAGAAAGGACUGAUAGUGAAAGAAAUGAAGAACUGGGUGUGAUGAGCAUGGAAGACAGUGUGUUGCAAAUGGAAGAAACAUAUUGUCCAAAGAUCAGACUGGGUUGUAUAGAGAAAAGUUUAGUUAAGUUAGAUAAGUGGUUUAAAUUGUUAGUGGGGAUGAUCUUUGUCAUAUUUGUUUUGAAUGUAAUUGUAUUAGCAAUGUUGGUGAA